CCCACCGCCUCCGCCGCAGAAAGCCGCCUCCGGGGAGGAGGAGGAGGAAGAGGCGCUGGUAAAGGGAGGGGAGACGAGAAAGGAGAAGGAAGAAGGGGAGCACAGACAAGGCCCCCCGCCGCGAUUGAUGGGCUGCUCCUCCGCCCCAGACUAGUCUGCCUGCCCCGCCCUUCGCCCCUCCCGGGGAGAGAGGACGGAUCCGCCAGGUUGGGGAUUAAGAGUCAUGUUGCAUGAAGCAAGGGACAGGCAGAAGUUCGUCAGUGAUGUUCUAUAUCUGCGGGACAUGCAGCAUAAGGUGGACUCUGAAUAUCAGGCUUGUCUGAGACGACAGGAAUACAGAAAAGACCCAAAUGAGAAGAAACAAGAUCAAUUUGGGGAGCAAGAGACAAAUUUUGAGAGAUCCCGGUUUUCAAGCGGGUCAUCUUCCAAACAGAGUUCUGGUGAGGAGGAUCCUCUGGCCGAACCAAGAUUAUCUACCAAGAAUUCUGUGGUGAAGUGUGACUCCAGACUUCCAGCAAUCGACCAAACAUCCGUCAAGCAGAAACAUAAAAGUACCAUGACUACAAGGAAACCAGAGAGAGUGGGCCCCAGCAAACCCUCUUCAGCCCAGGCACCACAGAUUUUAUCAAGGAAGAGGAGGCCAAACCUGGGGAGACUAACCAUCAGCCCAGAAUUGCAUUGCCUAAGAACGUCUGAAGACAGACGCAGACAGAAAUCGCAGCUGCCCGCGAAGGUGCCAACCCUCAGGGGAGCAGAUCCAGUAGUUCAACAAGAAGGCCCAAUGUGGGCAAGUGACGCUAAGCUGAAGAGGCCAAGUCGAGAGAGAAGAAACUUAGUUUCAUCCUCACCGCUAAUGACAAUGACCAAGAAUACCCCUGAGAAAGCCAAGGGAGGAGACCUGAGUGUUCUUUCUCAGAAUGAGCCACCCCCAGCCCUAUCCCAGGCCUUCCAAAGAGCCAACAGUCCUCAAGUAUUGAGCAAGUCCUUGGGGUCACCACUCAUAACCGCCACCAUGGGAGGGUCCAAAAGGGUGCCAUUUAGGUUCAGAGAUGAAGAUUUUUAUUCUGUUUUAUCAUUAAGCCCUGGAGAAGAAAAUGAUGACACUGAAGAGGAAAUCCACAUGGAGGAAGAACUUCUGUUGGCUGAUAUGCAAUCACCCUGUUCUCCUUCCAGUCACAAGAGAAGUCGAUUUCUUGGAACAUCAGCCACUCAGGCCAAAAAUAAAAAUUCUGAAGACAAUCCUGAAAAUUGCAGAGCUAAUUCUAUAAGAAGAAGUGGGUCCAGUUAUGGCUCACCAAGAAUAAGCAAUGCUGUGGAGCCAGUGACAGAGCAGCCUUCUGUCAGGCAGAGCGUGUUCCAAGACCCCAGGCUGCCUGAUGAGGGUUCUGCUAAGGAGAAUGAUAAUAGUGACAGUGAAAAUGAGAAAAAGACCUUUUAUUCAUGGGACACCAAGUCCGAAAGCAGUCUAGAUGAUGAUCUCAGUGCUGAAGAUGUAUUUAGUGAUUGCACUUCUAUGGAAGAUAGGCCUGGGAUCCAUGAUUAUGAAAGAGAUUGGCAAAUCUAUUUAAACAAUUCUAGCACUUCUCUUGAUUGUUUUCUUUCUGCCAGACCAACAGCUCCAAGAUCAUCAAUACAUUCAUCUUAUUACACUCCUGGAUCAUUGAUGCAUUCUGCCCUGAGAGAUGAUAUUCCAAUGGACUUGUCAAUGACAUCUACUUUAGUUCACAGUUCAAACCCAGAGGGAAACUCAAGGUUUAAUGUGCUUCGACCACUGUCCCCCAUUAGAAAUAGGAAUCUAUUUGCCAAUGCUGAAAACCACAGUUAUUUUCCAGUAAACAGUGUACGUGAACUUGAUGUCAGGGGAGCAGAAGCUAUGACUUUAACAAACCAACCUCAGGGGGCUCCAUUGCGUACAGAAGAUUUGUUACUAAAUCCUCAAAGCAGCUUGUCCUUGGUGGAGUCUUCCAGCUCCUCUGCACCCAGAGUGAACUUACAAGACCACUUGCACGGGCCUGGGUCCCUGCAAGAAAAUACACCUUUCACUUUCUUUGCAGUGCCUGAUUUCCCAAAUCAAAAUGGUAAUGGGAACAGAAUGGCAGUCUCUGGUUUCACAGAUGCACAGGAAGCCACAAAAAUAAAGGCAGACGCUGAGAAACUCAAGAAAUUGCAAGAAAGUCUCCUGGAAGACGACUCAGAUGAGGAGGGAGACCUGUGUCGCAUCUGUCAGAUACCAAGGGGUUCCCCAACCAACCCCCUCCUGGAGCCCUGCGGCUGUGUGGGGAGCCUGCGGUUCGUUCAUCAAGAGUGCCUGAAAAAGUGGCUGAACGUGAAAAUAACAUCAGGAGCGGAUCUAGGCACUGUGAAGACCUGCGAGAUGUGUAAGCAAGGCCUCCUGGUCAAUCUGGAUGAAUUGAACUUGACCGAGUUCUACAGGAAGCACCAGCAGUUCCGGGCACAGAACGAGCUGAUGAAUUCAGGCUUGUACCUGAUGUUGCUGCUUCACCUUUAUAAGCAGCGGUUCGCAGAGCUCAUGAGACUCAACUACAACCGGCUCGUGAGAGAGGAGAUGUCAAGAAAUUUCCCACAACCCAGGCAGGAAGAAAAUCAAAGUACCGAGCUGGGAGAUGGAAAUGAAAGCAGCAUUUAUCAAAGCAACAGCCGGGUCAUCUAGCAAGGGAGCUGGCCAAGGAGCUCGGGGGAGACCUCCCCACUAGCCGCCCUUUCUACAUCCCUAUAUGCCUCCCUUCCUCCUCCUCUUUACUAAAAUUGAAACCAGAGUGUUUGCAGUUACCAUUUUCACUCACUUUAUGCCACUCUUUUCUCAGGGUCUGGUUUGAGCAUCUAAGGACAGCCCCAGCGCGACCAGCCCAGCCCCAGUCAGCACAGGCCAAGCAGCCUGGGCUUGUUGGGCCCCUCACAGGGUGCUCUGCUGCUGCCCCUCAGCCUAGAAGCCCCAGGGGACCCAGCAGCCCUGACAGGCCUGGGGUCCCUCUUCUGAGGGUGCCUGUCCAGGCCUCACUCCACUCUGAGUGGAACUAAACCACAUAUUCAGUAAACUGACUUAAUUCACCCAGCUUUGUUUUGUUUAUAGCAGUUUCCUGGGACAAAGGCUCAGGGUCUCCAGCUGGAAGGAGGAGGAAGCAGACUGACAGCACUCCACACACCCCCACUCCCCCAACCCCCCCCCCCACUCCUCCUUGCUCCUCACCAUCAGUGUCACAAGGAAUGUCAUAACCUGGACCCCCAUGGGCUGGGACAGCCGGACGGCCAGCUGCCCCUGUAGGUACCCACUUAGGACCUGCUUCAUGUGUGGACUCCACGUUUCUCUCCUAAUUACAUCUUAGGGCCCAAAGACCAGAUCAAACUUGGGGUGAAAAAAGGUCAGAGAAGGCUUGUGAGAAAACUGUGUUUGUGUGUGU